AUGGCCAACACUGACAAGGACAACGUCGUCACCAAGAACUGCAUUGUCGUGGCAAGUCGUACUGACAACCGAGCAGCCAUGGCCGGUCAGAAAGAGGACAGCAACACUGGCAGUGUUGCCAACAACACUGCUCCUGGUGGACAGCAACAGUCCACUGCAAGCAAGCCUCCCAAGACUGCCAGAGGCAGGGCCAAACCCUCCUCCGCGGCUUCCCAGAAGCAACCUGCCAAGAAGACUGCGACGGCCACUGGCCGCGCUGCGGUCAACAAGAAAGCGCAGUCCACUGACGCUGCAAGCGCUCCUGCGGCGGCCGAGUCCCCGAGCCUGCCCAACGCCGACGGUCGCGCCCCAAUCUCGAAGCGCGAUCAUGAACAGGCGUUUCCUCCCCGCGAGCCGAAGAGGGAGGAGUACGCGAGGCGCAGUGCUCCUCGUGAGUACCGAAACCAGGGUAUCUCCGAGAUACAGAGCAUUCACAGCUCGCAGGAGGACGAGGACAGCUCUGACUCGGACGCGCCUCUCGUCCAAGGCCGGAAGAAGAGGAUUGUCGCUCGCGCACCCAACCACCCUGUGGGAGAGCAGAUCCCGGCACAGGCUGCGGCACAGGCAGCCCAGAUUCAGAACCUCACCCAGCAGCUCGACGAGUCUCGUGCUGCGUGCGAUGAGAAGGAGCAGCGGGUUGCGAACCUGUUGGCGACCGUAGCGCAGAUGCAGCGAAACGGAGAGGCCUACAGGCAGACCACCGCGGUCAGAACCGCCCAGCUCCAGCGAGAGAACGUACUCGUCCAAGGAAGAUACACCCAGCUCCGGCGAGAGAACGAGCGCCUCCAAGGAAGGAUCGCCGACUUCGAGCGAGAUAACGUACUCCUCCAAGGAAGGAACACCCAACAGCAGCACGAGUACAACCAGCUCGUGCUCAACCACAACAACCUUCAGGCCAGGGCUGAGGAGCUUCGGAACAAGGUCACGUGGCGCCAGGGCAGGGAGGAGCGUUGGCAGCAGCUGUGGGACCAGGAGAUGGCCAGGGUUGACAGGGCGCGGCUCGACUUGGCUGUGCUCAUCACCGAGCUGUCUCAAAUGCCACGCAUUGGCAACAUGCAUGGUGGGGCUGGCCGUUGA